UUACGGUAACGUCUAAUAAACAUUUGGUGUUAUCAUGAAACUGGCCAAUCACUACGAAUUGCUGCCGGCUAUCAUAUGUUCUGAUUUUCGCUCCUCUUCUUCUUUUAGCUCCACAAAAUUCUCCUUGUGUUUCUACUCGCGUAAAACCUCAGAAAGUAACAAAUAUUACAUAAAAAUGGCACAAAAAGGCAAUGUAGCUGUAAAUUUCUUCAAAAGCAUUUAUCACAAUGAAUUCCAAUGGUCCGUGGUCAAAAGUUUCGGAUUGUUCUUUUUGGGUGUACGCAUUGCAAAAGAAUUUGCCGGAGUGGAAAUAAUGCCAGCCAUUGCCCAUUAGGAACUUUCUAUUAAAUUUAGAUGUUAAGUCCAGAGAAUACCUUUCCAUGAAAUGUAAACUUUAAACUACAAAAUUGGUAUUGUUUUGUUGGCCAAUAUGUGUAUGUAUUUCGUCGUGUUACAUUUCUAUUAAAAAACGCUGCUAAAAACAUAACAAAAUUGUCUAUUAAACUAAAAUAAUAAAACUUUUAA